CUCGACUCUCAGCUACGCGACAUGCGUCAUCCAUUUGGGCACUAGGCGUGUCCAUAAUACCUCUCCCUGAGUAAACAGCCAGGUAGCCAAAUAGGUGAAAAUAUAUAGCAUGUGGCAGUUCCAUGGAAAAUAGAUGUGUUGAAUUAUAGCCUAUGGAUCUAUUAUCUACUCUAACCAGUCUUAUGUAAACAACGUGUAGAGUUGUGUUUUGUCAUAGCACGUACAACAGGUAGGCAGGUAAACGGCUGACAUUGGCAACCAAGCUUUUGUUUAACUUGCAAUCAGGCUAUACAGCAGUAAUAAUCAUGAAGGCAUUCACAGUUGCAAUUUUUCUUCUUUUGUUCAUGCAUCAGACAGGUGAGUGUCCACUUGUGACGUGUUUAUGAAUAGCCUAUGUAACGUAAAAGGUGGAUUUGAAACAUAAUCCAUUGUUUUUAGCCUAAUAAGUGAUACAGUGAAAUUAGUUUAUAUUAGGUCAAUGUUUUGAUCUAUGUGGUGCUCACUUUUACUAUUUGUUAAUCGUGUCUCAUCUCUUGCUUAUUGUUUUUAUGAAAGUUGCAGCAAAUGGGCGCUCAGAUCAAACUACUGUUAUCAAAACACUGGGAGCGAAUAUUCUACUUCCGUGUUGGAACACUGCGAUUAAUGUGACUCCCUCCUUCACGGGAUGGAUGAAGAAUGGACAGUUUAUCAUUGGCCGAAAUCAUUCCAUAAUUCUAACACCUUCAAGUGAAGGGCACCUGACGAUACAGAACAAUCAAAGCUUGUACAUCAAUGGACUAGCUUUAUCAGAUGAGGGGACCUAUCUUUGUGAUUCCUUACCCCAUGACAACAAAACUCAAACAAGUCUGACAUUGCGAAUAGUCAGUAAGUGUAUGUUUUCUAAUGUAACAAUGUGUGUGUUGAUAUAAUUCUUGUAUAAUGAAUUGUAUAUAAACUACAUUGCCAAAAGUAUGUGGACACCCCUUCAAUUUAGUGGAUUCGGCUAUUUCAGCCUCACCCGUUGCUGACAGGUCUAUACAAUCGAGUAUCUUGGUCAAUUGCCCUGGCUCCAAAUUUCUUGAAACUGGUUCUUCCAGAAUAUUUGCUGCAGUGGUUAGUUUCGUGGAUAACAGAUACUGUAGUAGUAUGUCCAUGUCUCCUGUAGGCAUUUGAAUGUGUAUCAUAAAAGGGUAUUUGCAGGUGAUCUUAAAUACUGUACCUUGAAGAGCAUUGAACGGUCUGAUUUUAACCAAUAAGGACUAGGAAGGAUCUCUAAAGAGAAUGCCAUGUGUGUAUGUUGUGGUAUCAGUCCACAUUGUUCAAUAAUGAAACAUUGUAACAAUGCUUGAUUGUUGUAUUCUGGGAAGACUAUUCAAGUGCAAAGUGUAUGCCUACUUUGUAGACACUAUUACUAAACUACCUCAUGUUUACCUCUUACAGGUGGUCCUGAAAAUGGCAUCACAGACAUCCACCCAGCCACAACCCUUUCCAAUGGAACCCUUGUCGUCCACAGGGGUUCCACUGUGUUGUUCAACUGCUCCAGCUGGUCUUAUCCCUCCCAGAGUCUGUCCUGGGGGUUUCAGGGUGUGGCGUCCAGCAACGACUCCCUGACAGCGGGCAGUGGGUCCUGGCUGGACUUCAGGAUAGAGGACAUCCAACCCACAGCUCAGGGGAACUAUAGCUGUAGAGCCCAGAACUCAGUUUCCCAGAAGGCAGUUGACUGGAGCAGAGAGCUGCUUGUAUACUGUAGGUGACUAUAAGGGUAAUCGACUCACUAGUCUCUGAUACUGGGAUCUGUCUUCUGUGAUUGCCUGGGCUUAGUGAUCAUUUAAGAAAAAAUUAAUCUCUGAAUGUCAAUACUGUUUUGUUUGUCUGCAGUUGCCACUGGCUAAAUACCUGGUACCUAAUGGUGCCCAGUGGUGCUUGUUUAGAUUAACCAAAAUAAUGAAUCUUAUUAUCAUAUUAUCUUAACAAUCAAAAUGGUACCUGGUUUGUUAUUACUGUGUAAUUACCCAAAUACCAAAUCAAUUCUAUAAAUACCGUAACAUUAAGUGCUUCCAUUUCUCCUCUAGAUUCCCCAGAGAAGCAACCGGAGUGUCAGUGGAAGGUAUGGAAGAACCUGUCCCAUGUCCAGUUUAACUGCAGCUGGUUUGGAGGCUACCCCUCUCCCACGUUACUCUGGGGGGAGAAACAUCAAGAGCCAGCGAGACAGGGGAACCAGGUGUUUUUUUGUGUGUUUUUGGGGGACAAUUUAAAAACACAAUUAAAUGGGGUACAAUGCAUUUAAAAUCAUUGAGGAUAACACACAAGUGUAACAACUUAUUUCCAUUGUGGUCAUCUUAGGUGGCAGGACAGCUGAUGGAAUCGGAGGUGACAGACAGUCUGGUGGUGAAUCUGAACAGGUCGUUGUUGUUUGACGGGCAGACGCUGAAGUGUGAUGGGCAUCACCCUAUGAUCAGUGCAGAAGACGAGAAGUUCUGCUCCUUCACCCUCAGUAAGCAAUAUAAGAGACACCCUGCAAACGAGUCAACAUAGCUUCUAUGCUCUCUGUUUACUUUUCAGCUUGAUGGUUUCUGUAUUGCAAAUACUGUACAAAGACGCCCUGAAACUUAUCAAUAACAGUUCACUUCAGUUCAGGUCAACUCUUUGUUUAUUUCAGCUUUAAACCAACUGUGGUUUCUGCAAACUGUACAAAGCUCAGAAUGUUAGCCAGGUGUGAACCCAUUCAGUGGCACACAGCAAGGGAGCUGUCUUUGUAAUUCCAGAAAGCCGUGCCAAACAAUGAAAAAGCACCAAAGAACGUGUACACCUCUUACUCAGCCACACCUCUCCAUAGUGUGUGUGUGUAUGUGUGUGUGUGUGUGUGUGUGCACGUGUAUCCUUAUAUCUAAUAUAAAUGUGUAAUUAUAUCCCUGACCCAGUCUAACACCCUGUUUCUUCUCAUCUCCCAGAGUCUCCCUAUCCUGAAGGGGAACCACUGGUCACAGCUCUCGAAGGCACCAACAUCACAUUAACCUGUACAGAGUCCAGCUCCCGGCCUCCAGCCCUCACCACCUGGCAGAGGACAGCCCAGCAGGAGGACGUGGUACCCAGCCCCAAGUAUGUCCUGUCAGAGCAGGGCCCCACCUUCACCCUCACCAUAGUCAACGUCGCCAAGCAGGACGAGGGCUUCUACUUCUGCAGGAGCGAGAACCCACUGAUGGUCCGCGAGCUGGAGAUCUAUUUAACAGUUACGAGUGAGUUGAGAAAGAGAGAGAGAGUGUGUCGGUGCGUGUUUGUGCACGUGCCUAUAUUUCCUUACUGUAGGAAAAAAUGUGGGACAUAUGGGAAACUGUAUAGAAAACGUGUCUACAGAUUGCAUAUGGCCCUAGUGAUAAUUGAUGUUUAUAAUCAUAAAGGCCAGGUGUGGGGGAUCUUUAUCAGAACUAAACCAUUUGUGAACAUGCUUAGUGCACAUGUAAUACAUGUACAGUGAGGGAAAAAAAGUAUUUGAUCCCCUGCUGAUUUUGUACGUUUGCCCACUGACAAAGACAUGAUCAGUCUAUCAUUUUAAUGGUAGGUUUAUUUGAACAGUGAGAGACAGAAUAACAACAAAAAAAUCCAGAAAAACACAUGUAAAAAAUGUUAUAAAUUGAUUUGCAUUUUAAUGAGGGAAAUAAGUAUUUGACCCCCUCUCAAUCAGAAAGAUUUCUGGCUCCCAGGUGUCUUUUAUACAGGUAACGAGCUGAGAUUAGGAGCACACUCUUAAAGGGAGUGCUCCUAAUCUCAGUUUGUUACCUGUAUAAAAGACACCUGUCCACAGAAGCAAUCAAUCAAUCACAUUCCAAACUCUCCACCAUGGCCAAGACCAAAGAGCUCUCCAAGGAUGUCAGGGACCUGAUUGUAGACCUACACAAGGCUGGAAUGGGCUACAAGACCAUCGCCAAUCAGCUUGGUGAGAAGGUGACAACAGUUGGUGCGAUUAUUCGCAAAUAGAAGAAACACAAAAGAACUGUCAAUCUCCCUCGGCCUGGGGCUCCAUUCAAGAUCUCACCUCGUGGAGUUGCAAUGAUCAUGAGAACGGUGAGGAAUCAGCUCAGAACUACACGGGAGGAUCUUGUCAAUGAUCUCAAGGCAGCUGGGACCAUUGUCACCAAGAAAACAAUUGAUAACACACUACGCCGUAAAGGACUGAAAUCCUGCAGCGCCCGCAAGGUCCCCCUGCUCAAGAAAGCACAUAUACAUGCCCGUCUGAAGUUUGCCAAUGAACAUCUGAAUAAUUCAGAGGAGAACUGGGUGAAAGUGUUGUGGUCAGAUGAGACCAAAAUUGAGCUCUUUGGCAUCAACUCAACUCGCCGUGUUUGGAGGAGGAGGAAUGCUGCCUAUGACCCCAAGAACACCAUCCCCACCGUCAAACAUGGAGGUGGAAACAUUAUGCUUUGGGGGUGUUUUUCUGCUAAGGGGACAGGACAACUUCACUGCAUCAAAGGGACGAUGGACGGGGCCAUGUACCGUCAAAUCUUGGGUGAGAACCUCCUUCCCUCAGCCAGGGCAUUGAAAAUGGGUCGUGAAUGGGUAUUCCAGCAUGACAAUUACCCAAAACACACGGCCAAGGCAAUAAAGGAGUGGCUCAAGAAUAAGCACAUUAAGGUCCUGGAGUGGCCUAGCCAGUCUCCAGACCUUAAUCCCAUAGAAAAUCUGUGGAGGGAGCUGAAGGUUCGAGUUGCCAAACGUCAGCCUCGAAACCUUGAAUGACUUGGAGAAGAUCUGCAAAGAGGAGUGGGACAAAAUCCAUCCUGAGAUGUGUGCAAACCUGGUGGCCAACUACAAGAAACGUCUGACCUCUGUGAUUGCCAACAAGGGUUUUGCCACCAAGUCCUAAGUCAUGUUUUGCAGAGGGGUCAAAUACUUAUUUCCCUCAUUAAAAUGCAAAUCAAUUUAUAACAUUGACAUGCGUUUUUCUGGAUUUUUGUUGUUGUUAUUCUGUCUCUCACUGUUCAAAUAAACCUACCAUUAAAAUUAUAGACUGAUCAUGUCUUUGUCAGUGGGCAAACGUACAAAAUCAGCAGGGGAUCAAAUACUUUUUUCCCUCACUGUAUAGACACAGAAUACCAUUCUUUUAAACAAAAACCUAUCAAAGGCAGGUGCAGAAAGGUAGCAAGGAAACACCUUCUUUGGAAUGUCGAUAAACCUGUUGCCUCUCCUUGUGAGAGAUUCUUGUACAUUCAUGUCCCUUUAGCGACAUGUAAGCAUGUCUAAUGAGAGACUAAAACAUGUCUAAUCUAGUUUUUUUUGUUUCCUCAGCCUCUUCUCAAUACACUGGAGCAAUCAUUGGGAUAUUCCUAGCCCUUUUGGUCGUAGGAUCUGGGAUUGUUAUCGCUAAAACAAUAUAUUCCAGCCGUGACCGAAUUUGCCUGGGUAAAACCCCUUUUCCCCAUGAAUUGCAUUGUCCCUUUUGUUACAAGAGCUUCAAGUUAGCUCAUCUGCCUUUGUUUAUUAUUGUGUAGUUUCAUGAAAGGUGAAAGAAAAAGAUCCAUCAACCUAACCUUAAAGAUAAGAUAUACUUUGAUGAUGAGUGACUUGGAAAGUUACUGACUUGCUAAAAUAUAUAUGUAAAUACUAACAACCAACUUUGAAAUCUAAAUUGAUCUUUUUUUUUUAACAGGUAAUGGAUGUGAGCGAAUGGAGGAGGAGAGAGGAGAUGUGUUGAGCCUGGUAGAGUCCGAUGAAGAGGAGGUGUUUCAUCAAGCAGUACCCAGACUGCCACCUCUACCUCUGACUAACGGACACAACACUACACUUGUACAAAUACAUAGAAUCUCAUCCAGUAAGAGAUGAUUCUAGCUGCUUCCUGCUUGUAGAGGGGGGGAUUUCCCACUGGUGUACUAGCUGCAUAUAUUUGUUUUGAAAAGGUGUAGGCCUGUUCUAUGUUACAUUAUGAAGGCAAGUAAUGUGAUUGUAAUGUUGUAAUUGCAUGUAUCUAUAAUGUACAGUGGAUAGAACUGUAACUAUUCUGUUGCUGUUUUGUAUUGACCUCAUACUGUAUAUGCAGCUCUAACCCAAAUUUGUAACCAUCUCUUUUUCAGAUGACCAUGAAGAUGAAGAAAUUGUUGAACAUCCAUUACAGCUAGAAACUACAGAUAUGGAAGAACUUGUCACAUUUUAGGUGUUGGAAGAUUGUUUUUAUGUAAUUCUUUAAAGCAUAGAGAACAUUUUACUACGUAUGAAACUGUGAGAAGAUGUGUAAUUAUAGGUGGUUGGCUUUUACAGUAGCCUAUGUAGAUGUAUGGGUCUGCUUUUUACUGUCCAUUUCACUUUUUGGUUUUCACUUAAGGCUUAUUCAUUGAUCAUUAACAGGGUUAUUUAAAUGAAUUGUUGCCAUUUGUCUCAUUAAAUGACAUUUUUGACAGUAAUGUAACAUUUCAUAACAUUUUGUAUCAUUCAAACACAAAAUACAUCUGAAUAAAAAA